GUGAGCAGAAAGCAGGUUCGAAGGACUUUGCCUCUGCCUUGGUCGGAAAUGUCCAGGAAGGCAAGACCACCUGUGUAUCUUUGGCAGCUGGCUUGGACUAUGACAUGCCAGCCCACGAGUUCAAUUCAGAUGUGGCCAGCCGCAUCUACAGCACUGCCAAGGCAGUCCUGCAGAACACACACCAGGGCUUUUUUCCGCAGGUGGCAUGCCUCUAUGGGACAGAUGCUCGUCUACAAAAGCAUGAGAAGAAGCAGGAGAAGCUCCAGGAAGCGCAGGAGAAGCAUGGAACGAAGGGGCGUGCUCCUGCGGAGCAGAAAUGUGACAAGAUUACUGACUGCAAGAAGCCAGGAGCCCGAAGUGCCACAUCCUCCCAAAGCGAUGCCAGGGAUGCCGGACGUGUCCGCUUGCGCAUCACUCCCCAGCACUUCAGCCCGUUGGGCACGACCUUUCGAGAUGUCCAGGUAGACUUCAACUCCAGCAGCUUCACAAUCAGAGCCGUUGAUUGUGCGGGCUACGCUUGGACAGCUUACUCUAACGAGCUGCCAGGCCGACUGGCAGAAGAGCGCUGCAAGUUCCGGAUCAACCCGGAUGGUACGGAUGUGACGAUCAUCCUCUACAAAGCAGAUAGUGACCCGUGGCGGGAGAUAACUCGCCUCGAGUUGACACGGCCCUACAACCAGAAGGAUGUGAAGCCAGCCAGUCCAUCAAGCCCAUCUUCCAGGAGCUCCAAGUCGAUGCCGAGGUUUCAGCGCAACUUCAUCUGA